AUGACUAAUGCCCAUUUUCAUAAUGAAAUAAAGAUUCUUAGAGAGAUCAAUGCUGUAACCAAAAAACAAAGAAAUAGUAGAAAAGAAAAUAUACCAGAAAUUAUUCAGCAGGAAUUUGAUGCCAUCGAUCAAACCAUUUUGGAUUUAGCAAGGAAACUUUUCAUGGUUUUAUACAAUCGUAGAAUACUAUAUUUGGAUGUAAUGGAAUUAGAAUGGAUCCACACCUCUGUCAUUGAUCAUGAAGCUUUUAGUCUUCCAAGACUUAAUGAAAUGCCUCCACAAAUAACUAAAUUGUUAGAGACUUUGGAAAAUUUAGGAAGUUUUCAAUCUUGGUUUAAUUUUGGUAAUCACAUUAGAUGCAAUUAUUAUACUCAAAUCAUUGACAAUUUAUGGCCAAGUCGAACAAUGGAAGAAGAUAAAAUUGUUAAUUAUAUGUUUGAUACAAUCCUCCAUUAUUGUGAUCUUUUUGAAUCGAAGUUGGAAGAAAAUCUUGAAAGUGAUGCUGGAGAUGCACAUAAAGAGGUUCAUACAUCCUUUGAUCAAAUUUUGCAAUAUCUUGUUGAAAUAAGAACGUGGGGUAUCCAUCUAUUAGGACAAAUUGAAGGACAUCAAGGUCUUCAUAUUGAAGUUUUUGGGAUGAGGCAAGCAAAGCAUGGUUUAUUUUUAUUUUCAAAUUUAGAUUCAUUUCUGUUGCCAAAUACAAAAUCAUCAGUAGGUUUUCAAUGUAUGGCAAAGCCAAUAGAAACUAUGAUUCGUCUUGCAAUUUGCUGUGGAGAACCUGUAGGGGUUUCUGAAAGGCAUGAAUAUAUUCAACCAAGUAGACUUAGGUCUCCUACAAGAAAGUACGAAAAACUUGAUUAA